GACUUACCAUCCUGUUCUUUAUCUCCAGGUCCUGAUUAUGAUACAAGCCAAUGGACUAACGAGAAAGAUAAGCUGGGGCUGGAUUUCCCGAACCUCCCCUAUCUCAUUGACGGCCAGACCAAGCUCACCCAGAGCAAUGCUAUCCUCCGCUACGUAGCGCGCAAACACAAGAUGGCUGGCGAGAGUGAGGAGGAGAUACAGAGAGUGGACAUGCUGGAGAACCAGGUGAUGGAUUUCCGCCUUGCCUUUGCAAGGAUCUGCUACAACCCUGACUUCGUGAGUGCAUCCCUGCUCCCCUGGGGUUGUGGGUCAUAGCUGGAGUGGAAGAGA